GCUGUUGAUAUUUUCGAGAGAACACAUCCAGAAUGUGUGGGUGUGUUUGUUUUUGAUAAUGCCACAUCUCACAAAGCUUUUGCCGAAGAUGCCCUUGUUGCUUCAAAGAUGAAUCUUGGUCCAGGAGGAACAGUUCCGAAAAUGCGGGAUACAAUGUGGAAUGGUGAUCGUCAAUCAAUGAUUAUUGAGGAAGAUCAUUUUGGUUAUGGCGAGAUGGAAUGGCACUCAAGUGUAUUUCAUGCAAAAAAAAAAGAGGUAGAUCCUAAUGUUAUUGAUUGCUGUGCACGUCGUUUAAUGUCAAAUCAACCAGACUUUCUUGAACAGCAUGGUCGGAUUCAACAAGAAAUCGAAUCUCAUGGACAUAAAGUUCUAUUUUAUUCUAAAUUUCACCUGAAGUUCAACUAUAUAGAAAUGUAUUGGGGAAUGGCGAAGAGAUAUACACGAUCUCAUUGUGAGUAUUCACUCUCAAAAACUAGAGAAACAAUUUAUGAAGCUUUUGAUUCCAUUUCUAUUGAACAAAUCCGCGCUUUUGCAAGACUUUCAUAUAGAUGGAUGGAUGCUUAUCGUCAUGAAUUGACAGGAAAAGUGGCAGAGUAUGCUGUUAAAAAAAGUAGAAAACAUAGAACAAUUAACGAAGAAAUUAUGAAUCGGGUUAAUGAGUUUUUAAAAUAA